UGUCGCCUCAGACUCAGUGUUAUACUGUUAUGGGGGCUUGCACAGACAGCGCAGUAAUGAUAUAACAGUAUCCUUCCGUAGUGCAGCAAAGCGUUCAUAGCUUAACUCCAAAUCCACAGUUAAUUUUAACCGCUGUACGUCUUGUCAUCGAGAACUGCAGUAGUCUAUCCACAUCCCAAAGACAUAACAAUGAAAGUGCUAACUACGGAAGAAAUGCUGGCAUUCUUGCCGCAGUUGGAGAGCGAUUUCCCUCGCAGCCUUCCGAUGUAUCACCUGAUGCGCAACGUCCUCCGUCAGCGCUUCGCCUGGCCGGGCACCGAGUUCCUCGUCGACACCUACCCACAUCCGUCCGUUUGCAUCUGCCGACCACGGAAAAGCGACCCUGCCUACGUUCCCAUAAUGAACGGCUACCAGGUGUUCGUCUACUCCAAAGACGCCGAAGUCUUCCGGCGAAUGUUGUUCGACGAGCCGGAUACGCUGGACUGGACGCAGAAUGUUGUCUUUGCUGACUUACCGGAAGAGGAGCAGGCCGUCAUUCUUGGUGUGGGUCAGGGUUUUCGCGGGGGUACGUUCCAGCAUUUACCGUCUACUGAGGGCUUCCCGGCCGGACAGUGCUACUACCGUCUCGAUUGGUCUACGCUCAAUCUGAAAUUUGAAAUACCCGAUGGUUUUCUUUUGGGAACUCUGCAACCAGAGCAUGCCGACCAAGUCGCUCGUGAGCGCAAUUACGGUCACAUGACCAACAACGCCAUCUACUUUCGCUACAUGCUCGAAAAAGAAUUUCCCACCGCGGCGGUGUUCCCCGCCGGCUCGGACACGCCCAUCGCGUACUGUCUAUACAAGAGCGAAGGCGUUAUUGCCGCCGCGUACACCCACCCGGACUACCGUCGGCGGGGUUUUUUCCAGUUGGUGCUGCGAGCGUUACUCCAGAAGCUUAAAGACAUGGGUGAAGUCAACGUGUGGCUGGAUACGCGCAAGUUCAAUCCAGCAUCGCAGGCAGCCUUCAGGGCGGUCGGCGCCGAGGAGUACGAAGAAUACACUGUGGACUGGAUGCAGUACUGGCCGGCCGGCUGCAGCCCAGUUCCCAAUAAAAACGUCGUUUGACAAAUGUCAACGUCAGAUUUACUCUUCCGUGCCUCACAGGUCAAGAGGUUCGGACAGGUUGUGAUGUCUUAGGAUGACCUUUGUGUAAUUUGCACUUAGCAGUUAGCAGAAGCCCGUUUAAUACCGGACAGUACUUUUUUUACCAGUAAAGCUAUCCUCAUACCGGUACUGGCGUGUCUUAGGUGUCUUAGGCAAUUUUGAUCAUGGCUGACCAAAAGGUAAAAAUAUUGCUUAAUA